CUAUCGUCCGCUAGACUCGAUUUGUUAUUCCCACAACCUCUUAACACCGGUGAGGAAAUACCACCAAGCCAACAACCGCUUUCAACGGGCAUCAAGAAUGAGAAGGAGUACUUGUUGCAGGAUCGAGGCAACGGCUCUCAUGUUGUUUGGAGCUGCCUGCUUGGUCGUCCUUCUCAGGAAAGAGGAGAUCGCUCACCGUCAAAUCAAACACGUUCAGGUAGAUACUAAAGAGUCUGGCAGACUAAGGAGUCUGCCCACCCCUAGCAGUCCCUUCGUGUUCGCCCGGUCGACAUGUCAUCGCAAUGCGUCUGCGGCAAAUGUCACGGGCUUCUCCUCUCUCCCAGCUCACAUACAGGACUUUCUCUACUAUCGCCACUGUCGGCAUUUCCCCAUGCUGCUGGAUGUCCCUGACAAGUGCAGAGGAGCCAACAGGUCUGGGGAUGUGUUCCUUCUGCUAGUCAUCAAGAGUUCCCCCUGGAACUAUGAAAGGCGGGAGGUCCUGCGGAAAACCUGGGCCAAGGAGAGGUUGCAAAACGGCAUGUGGAUCCGGCGGAUUUUCAUCUCAGGGACGACCGGCACCCAGUUUGAACGCCGGAGGCUGAACAGGCUCCUGCAGAUGGAGCAACGCGAACACAACGAUAUUCUUCAGUGGGACUUCAGCGACUCUUUCUUCAACCUCACCCUGAAGCAGAUCCUCUUCAUGGAGUGGAUGGACAGGAACUGCCCGGGCGCCCGCUUCCUCCUUAACGGCGACGACGAUAUCUUCGCCAACACAGACAAUAUGGUGGAGUAUCUCCAGAGCCUCAAGGACAAUGAGGGCAGGAAGCAUCUUUUCGCUGGCCAUCUGAUCCAGCAUGUGGGGCCGAUCCGAGCGCCUGCGAGCAAGUACUUUGUUCCCGUGCAAGUGCAGCAGUCGAACUCGUACCCCCCUUACUGUGGAGGCGGCGGCUUCCUCAUGUCGGGCUUCACCACCUCAGUCAUUUACAAAAACUCCAAGUCCAUCGAUAUUCAUCCCAUUGACGAUGUUUAUAUGGGGAUGUGCCUGGCGCAAGCAGGACUAAAGCCUGCCUCCCAUAUGGGGGUAAAGACAGCAGGACUACAUGUUCCCUCCGAAAAACUAGAUGCCUACGACCCUUGUUUUUACAGGGACGUCCUGCUGGUACACAGAUUCCUGCCAGCUCAGCUCUAUGUCAUGUGGCACGGCGUACACGACCCAGAGCUGAAAUGUGGGACUUCCUAAACAUUGCUUGAGCCUCAUUAAUAAGUAAUUUAUAUUCACUGGCACAACUGAUUGUCACUUUGUAUCCUUUACCUGUCCUUAGUGGGAAAGCUUGGCCCUCUCCAUACAACUAUAACUGCUGCAGGGAAUGGUUUUAAUGCAAAUUAUUUCAACUUAAUAUUAAAUGCUGAAAAGGACAGAGGAAACUGAUGAUGGUGUGUGUGUGUGCGUGUAUGUGUGUGUGCGCAUUUGCAUACGUGCGCGCGUGUGUGCGUGUGUGUGCGAAUUUGCAUACCUGCGUGCGUAGGCGCGUGUGUGGUUUUGGCAGUGAGCUUGCGCCAGACGUUUACAAUGACAUGAAACUGAAAAUGAAUUCUCAGGGGCUCCUGUGAGAAUCAAACAUAAAGGCGUGUUGUACUGUAAAGUACUGUACCCAGGUUUACAUAUUUUAUUUUGUUUGUUUGUUUUUCCUGAGAUUUUAACUGAAGACUUUGCUUCUUUCCUGUUUGCUGUGGUGAAACUACAAUUUUAUAUUUCUAAAUAAGUGCCUUUGCACCUGAUGUCAUUGGUUUUCCACCAACCAAUAGGCCAAAGGUUUUUGUGUGUUUGAGCUACUGAACAGAUGAAAAAAAAUAUUUUUGUAAUACACAGAUUUAUUAUUUUAUCUCUCACGUUUCUUUCAAGUUACCCUCAAGCUACUUUCCUUUCUUGUGAAAUGAUAACUGUUUGUAAUUUUUAGGGUUCUUCAAAUUAAUUGGGUAAGUAAACAACCUGAAAAGAGAAUAAAACCUGUCAAUG